UAUCUAACGUCUUGACGUCCAGUAUAUUCUACUGUGCAUUACAGGGGGGAAGUGGGGUGCUAGAUAUGUUUUUGGUAGCUGCUGCACAGUCGUUACAACAUCUCUUUUGGCCCAGAGCGGGAGCAGCCCAUGCUUCAGUUGCUAGAGAACUGACACAGAUUAAAAGUAUACCACCGCUGGUCCAAGCAAUUUUCAACGGUGAUCCAGAUGAGAUACGUAUGUUAAUUUACAAAACGGAAGAUGUUAAUGCUCUGGAUACGGAGAAGCGUACCCCCCUUCAUGUUGCUGCUUUCCUGGGGGAUGCAGAGAUCAUUGAGCUCCUCAUCUUGUCAGGGGCUCGAGUCAAUGCCAAGGACAACAUGUGGCUGACCCCUCUCCACCGAGCAGUUGCUUCAAGGAGUGAAGAAGCAGUGCAAGUAUUGAUUAAACAUUCAGCCGACGUCAACGCCCGAGACAAGAACUGGCAGACACCCCUGCAUGUAGCAGCUGCAAAUAAAGCCGUGAAGUGUGCCGAAGUGAUCAUUCCACUUCUGAGUAGUGUCAACGUCUCCGACAGAGGGGGUCGAACAGCAUUGCACCAUGCUGCUCUGAAUGGCCAUGUUGAAAUGGUCAACUUGCUUUUGGCUAAAGGGGCAAACAUUAAUGCCUUUGACAAAAAGGACCGAAGAGCUUUGCAUUGGGCAGCAUAUGUUGGCCACUUGGAAGUUGUUGCAUUACUGAUCAGUCAUGGUGCUGAGGUAACUUGUAAAGAUAAGAAGGGUUACACUCCACUUCAUGCUGCUGCAUCCAACGGGCAGAUCAGUGUAGUGAAACAUCUCCUCAAUCUUGGUGUGGAGAUUGAUGAAAUGAACAUCUAUGGAAAUACUGCACUCCAUAUUGCUUGUUACAAUGGGCAGGAUUCUGUGGCUAAUGAGCUGAUUGACUAUGGUGCUAAUGUCAACCAGCCUAACAACAGUGGCUUCACACCCCUGCAUUUUGCUGCUGCUUCUACUCAUGGAGCUCUUUGUCUGGAACUGCUGGUGAAUAAUGGAGCGGAUGUUAACAUUCAGAGCAAAGAUGGGAAGAGUCCACUUCACAUGACAGCUGUACAUGGGAGGUUCACACGGUCCCAAACCCUCAUUCAAAAUGGAGGUGAAAUUGACUGUAUUGAUAAGGAUGGCAACACCCCACUCCAUGUGGCUGCGAGAUACGGACAUGAGCUUUUGAUUAACACCCUAAUAACUAGUGGAGCUGAUACUGCCAAGUGUGGCAUCCACAGUAUGUUCCCUUUACACUUGGCAGCACUUAAUGCUCAUGCAGAUUGCUGCAGGAAGUUGUUGUCCUCAGGACAAAAGUAUAGCAUAGUGUCCUUGUUUAGUAAUGAGCACGUGCUGUCUGCAGGCUUUGAAAUAGACACCCCAGAUAAAUUUGGAAGGACGUGCCUCCAUGCUGCUGCUGCGGGAGGUAAUGUUGAUUGUGUGAAACUCUUGCAGAGCAGUGGAGCAGAUUUUAAUAGAAAAGAUAAAUAUGGAAGGACACCUUUGCACUAUGCAGCUGCAAAUUGUCAUUUCCAAUGUAUGGAGACGCUGGUGACCACAGGGGCCAAUAUUAAUGAAACAGAUGACUGGGGACGUACAGCUUUGCACUAUGCUGCUGCUUCAGACAUGGACAGAAAAAGAAAGAAUAUUUUGGGUAACUCCCAUGAAAAUGCUGAAGAACUUGAAAGAGCCAAUGAAAUGAAGGAAAAAGAAGCUGCAUUGUGUCUAGAGUUUCUUCUUCAAAAUGAGGCCAACCCCUCCAUCCAGGACAAAGAUGGCUACAAUACAGUACACUAUGCUGCUGCUUAUGGGCACAGGCAGUGUUUAGAACUGCUUCUGGAAAAAACAAGCAACUUUUUUGAGGAAUCAGAUUCAACAGCCACAAAGAGUCCUUUGCACUUAGCUGCUUAUAAUGGUCAUCAUCAAGCCUUGGAAGUGCUUCUCCAGUCUCUGGUAGAUCUGGAUAUUAAAGAUGAAAAAGGACGGACUGCCCUGGACCUGGCUUCAUACAAAGGACAUACUGAAUGUGUUGAAGCUCUCCUCAACCAAGGUGCUUCUGUCAUAGUAAAAGAUAAUGUCACGCAACGAACCCCACUUCAUGCCUCAGUCAUUAACGGGCAUACACCAUGUUUGCGGCUUUUAUUAGAAGUAGCAGAUAACCCCGAUGUGACAGAUGCCAAAGGACAAACGCCAUUGAUGCUAGCUGUGGCUUAUGGGCACAUAGAUGCUGUUUCCUUGUUACUUGAAAAAGAAGCAUCUGUGGAUGCAGCUGAUAUCUUGGGAUGCACUGCUUUACAUCGUGGGAUUAUGACAGGGCAUGAAGAAUGUGUUCAAAUGCUGUUGGAACAAGAAGUAUUGAUUUUGUGUAAGGAUGCCAGAGGCAGGACACCUCUACAUUACGCAGCAGCUCGAGGUCAUGCUACAUGGCUGAGUGAAUUAAUGCAGCUCGCACUUUCGGAAGAGGACUACAAUUCUGAAGAUAAUCAAAAUUAUACACCAUUGCACUGGGCUUCUUAUAAUGGCAAUGAAAGCUGUAUAGAAGUCCUGUUGGAACAGAAACCUUUCCACAACUUUAAUGGGAAUCCUUUCUCCCCAUUGCACUGUGCUGUAAUCAAUGAUCAUGAAAAUUGUGCAUCUCUACUCAUUGGGACCAUAGGUGCUGGCAUUGUCAAUUGUAAAGAUGACAAGGGAAGAACCCCACUUCAUGCAGCAGCCUUUGCAGACCAUCUGGAAUGCUUGCAGCUUCUUUUAAGCCACAAUGCACAAGUCAAUGCUGCAGAUAAUUCAGGGAAAACACCACUUAUGAUGGCAGCUGAAAAGGGGCAUGUGGGUGCUGUAGAUUUUUUGGUGAACAGUGCCAAAGCUGAUCUAACUUUGAAGGAUAAAGAUUUGAAUACAUCCCUGCACUUGGCUAGCAGUAAAGGUCAUGAAAAAUGUGCCUUGUUGAUACUUCACAAGAUACAAGAACAGAGCCUUAUUAAUGCAAAAAAUAAUGCAUUACAAACACCUCUUCAUAUUGCUGCACAGAAUGGCUUGAAGAUGGUAGUUGAGGAGUUAUUAGCAAAAGGUGCAUGUGUUCGAGCAGUUGAUGAAAAUGGACCAAAUCCUGCUUGCCUCAGUCACCACAUCUCCACUCGCAGCAAAGAGAUUAUUGGUAAGGCGGGCAUGAUUUGCCUUACUUUUUUCUUCUUUGGCACAAGCUGGCAUGGUUUAUUUGCACUCCGUAGUUAGGUGUCCCUGGGAACUUGUGUCGCCUGUGCCAUCAGGCAGUGACCAGUUCUAUGAAAAAUCACCUCUCAAUUGAUAAUGUAUAUACAUUUUGAGAUUUGCCACUAUGAACGGAUUUUUUACUUUAGGAUUACUGAACUGUAAUAUGAUGUUUUUAUCUUGAGCGUUCUGUAGUUCUAAGUGGCUGCAACAUCUGUGUGAAAUGGUUACUAUUUUCUGUAAUUACUGCUACUGUUCUAAGGUGUACAUAGCAGAUUAAACCAAAACACAUCAAAUGAAAAGCCAAGCAAUCAUCAGGAAGUUUAAAAGAGAAUUGUGAGAUACUAGAAAAGCCUGCUAACAUCAGCUUACUUAUUAAACAUCUUCAUGAUGAACAUCUGCUCCUUCUGCCAAAGCUUCUAGGUCAAACGGACCCUGCUCCUCGCCUGAGAAAGAUGUGCAGAAAGAAGAAUGAGACUCUUAAAAUACAAAGGACUAACCAGCUCUACCAUGAGGACCAAAAGGCUUAAAUGGGAAGACUUUAUUAUUUUUUUAAUAAUGCAAGUGAAAAAUCAAAUAACUUUUCUAAACACACGCACAUGAAGUGUUCUAUGUAAUUAAGAAUCUUGGCUGUAUUGUACACUUUAAGACACACAUUUCUAGUAGACAUUUUGACAUUUGUAACCGAUGAUGAUGUGUUGACCACAGUUUAUUUUUCCAGACUAGAAAAUGUUCAUAUACUUUUAAUGUUAAAUGUGUUUAUAUUUAUUUGAAAUGAAACAAGUGCCCAGAAAAAAAUGACCAUGGUUUGUUCUCCUUUUUAGUUGUUUUCAUGUCUUAUUAGCUAUGAAUCUAGGCAAGCCUAGUAUGCUGGGUUUGUGGAGAGAAUGGGCACAAGAUGUAGCUUCUGCGUUUGGUUCUUUAACAGCAAGCUGGGUGGAAUGUGAAAGUAAGGCUCUGCUCAUGCCAGUAAGGCCAGAGGAGUAGAGCGCUGUUUGCUGGAGCAGGGGAGCCUGCAUAGGAAAUAUCCAUGAUGGAUUAAUUCUCUCAGUAAAAAAUAAAAUGGUGCUCGACAUGCCAUGGUCCCAAAUGAAAAGAAGACUGUGGAGCCAGGAGGGAACUGCCCUUCUUCCUUCAUCGAAGCAUAUUGUGGAUCUCCUCACCUUCAAAGAUUAUAAAACAAACUCAGUUUCAGAAUUAGACAGUAUCUUUAACCACGCUCCUCAUUGCCACAGAAACUGCCCUCCCAGACAAUGUCCUAGAGGCAACUUCUUGUGCUAAGUUUAGCACCAGGAUAGCUAUAGUGAAAUGUAAAAUACAUGGGAGAAACUACAACAGUUGGUAAGGGUCAGAGAUGACUUCAAGGUGUAGUGGGUGCUCCCACCCAAAAAGAUAGUUCCCGCUUCCUCAUUCACCGGAUUAGAACUUUAUAGCAAAGUCUCUAACAAUACUAUCAUAGUAUAUCAUGGUCCUAUUGCUUGAAUUAGUUAUCUUAAAUGGCCCCCAUUGUUUAAAGAAGCCUUGUUCACUCACUCCUCGAUCCCAGAACAAGCAGCAGAAGCCCGUGCAGCCAGGUUGGCAGUAAACUCCUCCAGCCUCCCUGGAGCCAGGCCAACUCUUUAGCUUCCUUCUGUCCAGGAACUGGGCUGGGUGAGACCACAUGUGCAAUGGGAUGCAGAUUUCAGCUGGCCUGUGAUUGACCUCUCUCCCCACUCCAGUUUUUUUGGCCACACGGUCUUGGACAGAAAUAGAAAACUGCCUGGAACAUAGAAUGGAAGAUUUGCCUAAUCCAAAAAGACAGUAUUUUCUAAAGGGAAUUUGGCCCCUUUUCUGAAUUCAUUUGAAAAUAUCAAUCAAGUGUAAUUAAUAAGGUAAAUAAACUAACAACAUUACUUGCCUUGCCUCCAUAAGUAUUUAAUAGAUAGCAAAGUCCUCACUGCACUAAUAAAAUUCUUUGCCACCUUUUUGUUUUCCCCAUACUAAUUGUUCCAGAGUUGCCCUUGGCAAGGGUGCAUUUGGAUAUACAUUACCACAGUCCUUUUAAGAAUACAUGGGGGAGAUGGGAAACUUUUCCCCAUCGCCACUCCUAUGUACGUGUGUGUGUGUGUACUGGCACACACACAUACAUAUGGCAUUUAAUAAAAUGUGUGCCAUUUAAGACUGACACAUGAUAUGUAUGAUUCUUGUACUCUGAUGUCUGUACCCCAUGUAGGAAAUGUCGCUGAGAACCUGCCCCUAGUUUCAGGUCCAGUCUUCACAGAGAACCUGAGAAAAUGGGCACAGGCUGCAGAGUGCUCCAUAAAACUAACUGCCAGCCUUUGCAAUGAAAUCAAUCCAGGACCACAUGAUGGCCACCUUCAGACAUAAUGUGGAACUGCGGGUCCAAUGGACCCACGGUUCUGCUCCCCCCUCCCCCUGCUCUCCUGUCUGAAUUUGGAUGAAAUUGAGAGCUCUUUCUCUGCAGUCUUGCUGACUGCAGUGAGUAGGGGGCACUGGCUGUGCCUGGGCUUUACUAAAGGACAGCCCCAGCAGCCAUCAUAAGGGAGGAGCUUCCUCCUUCAACCCCAGUUGCAAAGCAACCAGACUGUGGUGCCAGUAUUUGGACGUAACACUGGCACCGCAGAACCAGAGGUCUAGGCAGUGGACCUCACUACUAACCGAAGGUACAAAUCUCUGUUGGGGGAGGGAAACCAUGGGUCCAUUGCUUUUUUUACUAAACUGUGGUUGCCCGCAUUCGGAUGUACAGUUUCCCAAACCAGAGGUCCCUUCACCUCCAGUUACAUGCAAAUGCAGCCAGUGUAAUCGCAGGCUCUUCAAAAGCACAGCAGCCCAGGCCUGCUGGAGGCAGCAAGAGGCUAUAGUGUAGAUACCUUCUCAGAGGGAAGGGUCUAGUGUAACGCUUUAGUGCUUUGUCUAGGCUGAUGGUGCACGUUUAAAGCCUCUUUUCUAUGGAGGGACUAAGAGCCAUUAGAUCUUUCAGCAGGCAUGGCAAAGGAACAAGCAUGGUUCUGGGAGACCACUAAUCAGCUAUCAACAAUAGCCCUAAUCAGACAUAAUGGUGUCUGUACACAUGUACAUUUGUGUGUGUGUGUGUGUGUGUGUGUGUGUGUGUGUGUGUGUGUGUGUGUGAAUACAUUCAUAUUAAAAAUGAAUCUGGGUUCAGGCCCUCUCAAAUUCAGGGUACAUAUAGAGAGUAUACUACUGUACAUGUAUUGAACUUCAUGUGUGAAUAAUUAUAUGUGCAUACAGAUCUGUACAUGAGCACACUGUACAGGCACUGAACAUAGAAUCUGAAUGGGCUAAUAUAUAGAUAAAAUACUUCUGACAGCUUCCCACUUUUGGUAAGAAAAAAAUGCAGUCUUAGAUGUUUCACUCUUGUGAGAAUAUCUAAAAUGCUUAUGGUUACUGAGUAGUAUAUGUCAUGCAGUAUUGAAGUGAGAUCUGACAGGAACAUGAAUGACCAAGGAAGAAAAAUCAAAUUGACUGCCAGGAAGAACUAAAUAAUCAUGGCAAUCGCAUCUACUGUAUUUUGUCCUCUUGUUAUGGAUCAGAUUGGUAGAAAUUGUGAAAUGGAUGACUUCCAAAGCUUAAAAAUGAAAUGGAAAAACUCUUGGGCUACUGACUCUAGAGAUUCUUUUUUUCCCUUCUUCCUGUGUUGGCAGCACUAGGGAAAAUAAGCAUCUAAAUCAUGGGUUUUCCCUCUUAGUACUGUAAGUUCUUAUAACUGAAGUAUACAUUCUAGAAAAUUGCUGAACAGCAAUAAUUGAUACUUUGAGCACUUGAAAUGUGAGAGAACCAGUGUGUCUGUGCAGAACUGAGUAGAAAUCCCUUGCUUCCUUUUCAUUUUUAGGCUUCACUUUUUUUAAGAGCAGAGAAUAUUAUUUUUUCACAGCAGAGAUCCUAUUUCCUCUUCUUUAAUAUGUAUUUCUUUUUUUAGAGCAGCAUCAAUAUUUAAAGCAGUUAUUGUUUACUUAAAGUAGUCUUUUCACAUUGGCCACUCUAUAAUUAUUUCUUAUACCAAUGUCUACUCAACAAAUCAGCUGGAAGCACUUAAAGGUUGGAUUUUUAAAGGCUGCAGUCCUCUGCACACUUACUUGGAAGUAAGUUCCAUUGAACAAAGGGGCUUCCUUCCAAGUACAUAUGCUAAGGAUUGGGUUGCAUAUCAUUCUUUUGUUCUCCAUCCUGAAACCCAAACCUUUUGGCAAGUCAAAUAAUAUUUUUAACUAGGCUCUCAAAAUAGUUUUGAUAGUGUGUUACUUAAAAACAGUGUGAUCCACACUCCCCUAAAAUAAAUUAGAUAUUUAUUCAGUGCAGGGGUGCAGCUAGGGGAGAGGGGGCCCAUGUUCACCCCUCUCCCCGGCAGCCCCUUAGAGUGAGUGAGGAAAUCAUGAAAGUAGAGGGGGUGGACCUAGAAGGCCCUCAGGAGCCCGGGUUCUUUGAACCCAUAUGCUCAAUUAUAGCUACACCCCUGAUUCAGUGGGAUAUGGAUUACACUCUCUAAUCAUUAUCUAAAUGGCAAUACUGUUUUGUAGCAGACAAGGUACUAUUAAAUUAUAGCAAAUAUCAGGUCUGGUUUAUUAAAUCUUUUUGUUCAUCAGAGCCUAAGCUCUUUCUUCUUGUUCCAUUUAAAUAAAUGGGACUUGCUUUCAAGUGAACAUGUUUAGGACUGAGAAGCAUGACCUUGAUUGUGAGUGGUAAUGCAUGUGUCUCCCGCUAUGUCCCUAUUUCUGCAUUGACAACUAGUUAUUUAAUUAUUGUAAAACCUCAGCUGCAGGGUUAUAAUGCAUGGCACUUACCGCUUGCUGGUCUCUAUUGUUUCAAUUGUAAAAUGAAAUAGCUCAGGGGAUUUGUUUAUCACUACUAAAAGGGCACCAUGUUAUAUUUGGUACUUUUGUGCAGCAAACAUCUGCUGUACUUAACUAUGAAUUCUGACAAAUGCUUACAUUCAAUAUAUUGUUUAUUCUGUUUAGAAACUUGAUAAUGUUUCUGGGUUUCAUCAUGUAAGAAACUUUUAAGAGUGCCUUUUUAUAUUUGUGUUUGCUGGGGUAUGUAUUGUGAAGACGUCCUUUCAUUUGAGUGAUACUGAAGCAAUAUAAUACCUGUACUUUUUCAUUUCAAACCUUUUAUUUGAAUGUUUUUUAAUUCUGCUUGUGUUAACAUGGAAAUGAAUAUGCUAAAUUUGUAUAGGAAUUUGUGCAUAACCUUUUGCAGUGCUGCAAACACUUUCUUAUUACACAAAGCAAACCUUAGGUCAGUGUUAUUGGGAAGUGUGUUUUUUAAAAUGGUGACAAUCUUGAGUGUGUAUAAAAAUACCAUUCGGUGUGUUUGUUAUGCAGUGAUGAUAUACAUAUUAAAAAGCCAAUAUCUAAUGUUUUUUGUAGUUUUGUCUUCAUAUUUUACGCUUUUAGCAUGUGCAAUAUAUCUUUACAAACCAUGGUGAUACGAAUCUGGUGCCAGUGUUACAUUUUUGUAUGAAAUGUUUGUAAUAAACAAUAUGAAAUAUUCUUGAACAGUUUCAGUGGGUUUGUUAAUUUUUUUUAAUGUAAAUUGGAGUUUAAUGACUUCACUGAAGUUAAAUAACAUGGUUGUACAAAAUGGGAAUAAGAGGUCAGUUUGGACCCUAGCCUGAAUUUAUUCAAGCAUAAUUUAAUAUCUUUUUCAACUACUGAAUGCUGUAUUAAUUGUAAUGACAUAUCUUAAUUGCAAAUGAAUAUUGAUAUGCAUUCAGAUGAUAUUUUUACAAAUAAAUUGUACAAAUAUUGUGGCAAAGCC